GAAUUACUCCCGUGUGAUGUGGUCUUGGGUCGGUAACAUUUAUGGUACAAAGUCGGCUUUCACCGAAUUCCUAUGCAAUCGCUGCUGUGGUUCUUGAAAUCCCACCUUCAAUCUCAUCAAACUGAAGUAAGAUUCCAAUCCCUACGAUUCGUACAACUUCGGUGUAUUGGAUUUUAGUCUUGAAAUCAAUGGGAAAUCAUAAGGAUUUUCUUCAAGUUUUCUGCAUUGGAACGGCUGAUACGAAGUUUGAAGAGCUUCUGUUUCUCUCCCAGUCCGUCCGAUCCAAUCUCACUAGCUUUUCGCCUACUUCUUACUCGAAGGUACAAGUUAUAGUUGUCGAUGUGUCGGUUGGAUUGAAGGAGAUAAAUAGCUUUGGGGAUUUUAAGUUUGUCUCAAGAAAGGAACUUUUCACUUGCUACUCUGAAUCUGAAAACCGACUGGAAACUCAAAUUCCAGAUGCUAGAGGUGAAGCCCUGGCGGUCAUGAAUAAGGCACUCACUGUGUACCUUAAAAAAGCUCACCAGCGUGGGUCUGUUGCUGGCCUUGUUGGGCUUGGUGGCAGUGGAGGAACAUCGGUAUUGUCAUCUGCUUUCAGGUCACUGCCACUUGGAAUACCCAAGAUCAUCAUAUCAACCGUAGCAAGUGGUCAAACCGAACCUUAUAUUGGGACAUCAGAUUUGAUUUUGUUUCCAUCAGUGGUGGACAUUUGUGGGAUUAACAAUGUGAGUAGGGUGAUCUUGUCUAAUGCGGGCGCUGCUUUUGCUGGGAUGGUUUCUGGAAGGCUUGUGGAUUCGAAAGAAUCUUCUUCUGGUAACGACCAGUUUACAGUUGGUUUAACCAUGUUCGGGGUUACAACUCCAUGCGUAAAUGCUGUUAAAGAAAGAUUGAACAAGGAAGGUUAUGAGACUCUGAUUUUCCAUGCAACUGGGGUAGGAGGCAGAGCUAUGGAGGAAUUGGUUAGAGGAGGAUUUAUACAGGGUGUUUUGGACAUCACAACAACAGAGGUUGCAGAUCAUGUAGUUGGAGGUGUUAUGGCUUGUGAUGAAUCCCGUUUUGAUGCAAUAAUAGAAAAGAAAAUUCCUUUUGUUCUCAGUGUGGGAGCCUUAGAUAUGGUGAACUUUGGUGCCAAGGAUACCAUACCUACAAAUUUUCAGCAACGGAAAAUAUGGGAGCACAAUGAACAGGUCUCAGUGAUGCGAACCACAGUGGAGGAGAACAAGAAAUUUGCUGCCUUCAUUGCUCGAAAAUUAAACAAGUCAUCAUCAAAGGUACGUGUUUGUCUACCAGAAAUAGGCAUCUCUGCUCUGGAUGCACCUGGAAAGCCUUUCUAUGAUACCAAUGCUACUGGUGCUCUUAUAGAGGAAUUAAAGAGGCUUAUUGAAACUACCGAAGAUAGGAAGGUGAAGGUGUACCAAUAUCACAUCAAUGACACUGAGUUUGCAAAAGCUUUGGUUGAUUCGUUCUUAGAGAUACAUAGGAAGCCUAAAGUUUCUAGUCAGCAACAGAGGGUUAUUGAACCCGAGCAAGGCCUUCAAAGGAACAAGGAUGAUCCAAAUAUGCCCACCGAGAGUUACACAACCAUCUCUUACAACUUAACCAACUUCCCUGAUGCAAAGCCAGAGACAUUGCAAAGAACUCAGGCAGUGCUAGAGAUGUUGAGAGACCAAAUAAGUCAAGGAAAACCAAUAAUAGGGGCGGGAGCAGGGACAGGCAUAUCUGCAAAGUUUGAAGAAGCCGGUGGUGUAGAUCUCAUUGUGGUUUACAAUUCAGGGCGGUUUCGGAUGGCAGGAAGAGGUUCGUUAGCAGGCUUGUUACCAUUUGCCGAUGCAAAUGCUAUUGUGGUUGACAUGGCUAAUGAAGUAUUGCCGGUAGUGAAAGAAGUAGCUGUUCUUGCUGGUGUAUGUGGGACUGAUCCUUUCCGCAGAAUGGAUCACUUUCUGAAACAGUUGGAGUCGAUUGGAUUCUGUGGUGUCCAAAACUUUCCCACUGUUGGCCUUUUUGAUGGUAAUUUCAGGCAAAAUCUUGAAGAAACCGGAAUGGGAUAUGGGUUGGAGGUUGAGAUGAUAAACAAAGCUCAUAAAAUGGGGUUGUUAACUACACCAUAUGCUUUCAAUGAAGAUGAGGCCAUUGAAAUGACGAAAGCUGGUGCGGAUAUUAUUGUAGCGCAUAUGGGACUCACGACUUCUGGUUCAAUUGGCGCAAAGACAGCCGUCUCAUUGGAAGAAAGCGUAAAUCGCGUACAAGCUAUUGCAGAUGCUGCUCGUAAAAUCAAUCCUGAUACAAUAGUGCUAUGCCAUGGAGGUCCUAUAUCUGGUCCAACGGAAGCCGAAUUCAUAUUGAAGAACACCAAGGGAGUUCAUGGAUUUUAUGGGGCAUCAAGUUUGGAAAGAUUACCCGUGGAACAAGCGAUAAAAGGAACCGUUGAACAAUACAAAUCAAUAUGUUUAGAAUAGAAUGCGUUUUCCAUACAAACUUUACGCAUUUGGUGCAUAAUAUGAGAGAGAAACUUUUGUGGUGUAUCCUCUGUUCUGUUUGUAUGUGUACUUACAGUUUAAAGUGUAGAAGGUUGGUAGUAGUUCAUUAGGUUGUAAUAUGUUAUUAAUAAAAUUUUGCCUCAAGUUUGAUGGU